CGAACCGACGGGCGAUCCGCGACCAAGGACACGCAUGAUGCCUCGGCGGCGCCAGAAGUCGGCCUUCUUCCCCGACACGGAGGAUGAAGAUACGAGCUGCGCAGAAGCAGCCCCGCGCGUGCCCCCAAUGAGCACGUCCUUCCGCAUGGCUCCGCAUGGCCGAGCUGUGCUCUCUCGCCAUGCGCCCAAGAGCCCAAAGGGUCAUCGCUCGUCAACUUCGCUCUCGCCCAAGCCAGCAUCAUUCAACAGUGGCGCGUACUUGGGCACCAUCGAGUUUCCGUCGACACGCUCCGUCUUGUGGGACCGCCGGCCGCUGGGGGCAGCCCAAGUAAUCCACCCCGAGGAAGCCAUUGUGCCCAAGAUCACGCUCACCGCUGCCGUUCUCGGACAGAUCCACGAAGCCGUGCUUCGGCGCUCGUCGGGGCCCCAGCUCCUUGGUCACGUGCUCUACAGCCAAGCUACGUCGACUUCGAACUGGGCCAUUCACGGAACUGCGUUCAGCGUCAACACGGACCCUCGCAACCUCUCGCGGCCACCCUCGUCCUUCCCGGUCUAUGUCGUGCUCAAGGAACCGCGCGAACUCGGCUCGCUCUCCUCCCACGAAGCCAUGGUCCAUGGCACAACGUACACGCUUCAGCAUGGCGGACCCCUCGACGUUGCCCUCUCAAUGCGCCUGGUGGUCUCGCUCUUUAUGCCAACGCAGCUCAACUUGACGAUGGAGCUGGUGGCGCCGACGGCCGAAAUCCAUCUGUUGCCGAUCCGGAACCUUCCGCUGCUCCUCACGCCGCUCGCCAAGGCGCUCAUGAAGCUCCAGUCGACGCACGAGAGCGGGCUUGUCACGCUCGAUAAGACGCGCAAGAUGGUACCGCUUCUGCCGACGGAUCCCCUAGCGACGUCGCGGCCGCUUGUGGGGCUCUGGCUCCAGGCGUCGUCGGCCACGUCCUUGUACUACCAGAGUCUACUGUACCACACAAUGGCAGUAGCCGGGCGAGAACAGCUCUGGGUCGCGCCGCAGACGUGCUUGGUGGUCAAAUACCCCACAGAGACCAAGCAGUGGCUGCCCGAGUUUUUUGAAAUGACGCUGGGCACCGACGCGACAAGUCCCGCAACUGUCGGUCUCUUCACGACCACGCGACGCGUGACGGUGGGCCGGUCAGCCACCGUGGACGCCGUCGAGCUCUACCUGCAACAGUCGCACCAACCGAUACCUACGGCCGACGUCCCCAGAACCACGGCGUCGCAGGUCGCGCACGAGCCCGAGCCAGCGCCGCAUGCGGACGAUAGCAUGUCCUGUGAUGAGCUUCCGACGCCCAUGCCGCGCCUCCCACCAACGAACCCUACGGCCAAACCCGUCGUUCGACCGCUGUCACCGCCGCAACCCACGCCACCCGUCGAGCUUGCGUCCUCCGAUCUGCUUCGGGAGCACCGCGAACAGAUGCAAGCGAUGCAACGGCAGAUUCAAAUGCUCCAGGACCAGCUACAGACCGUACAACGCUUGUACAAAUCUGCUGCGACACCCAAAGAGACCCAGUCCGUGGGCACCAACACGAGCUUCAUCUUGACCAGUCCUCAGAAUGCCUCUCCUCUGACUGGGAUCGAGUCUCUGCCGUUGGAAGCUGUGCCAUCGUCGCCCGAUGAGACCACUGAAGCUGCCAAGCAACCCACCAAUCCUUUGACGGUCGGUGGUGAGGAUGACGCGCACGCAGCUCCUCUUGGCGGCGUACCCACGGCCGAAGACGCGGCCCUUACCGUCCAAGCGGAUGAAGACCUGCCGGUCGUUCUGAACGAAGUACUGCAUGACAAGCCAGACGUCGUCGAAGUACGCCAGAGUGCACUGACCCACGAAGCUGCUCUUGUCGGCGCCAAGAUCGAGGACGCGCCUCUGUCCGACGACGAGCCAAACAGCGGUAUCCAGUACCUCGUGGAGCCCGAAGAGGUCGACGACUAUUUAUCGGAGCCAUCGUCCGUGACGUACCCGCUCUUGCGCACACAGUUUGACUCGGGCACACUGGGGCCACCGGCCAUGCCACCAGCGUCCGUGCUGCUGGAAACCAUGGACAUUCCGCGCAUUCGGUACCAUCUCAGCCGCGACGACGACUCGGAAGACGACGAAGUCGAAGUGCGCGCGAUCGAAGCCAAGUACCUCAAGCGCAUGGUCAAGUCCUAGCCCUACACCAUUGAAACAUUGAUACAAUCAUACCUUGUACAAUCUUGU